AUGGUUAUUAGGGGCAGGUGUUUUCCGGGUGUGAACGGAAUCUCUCGUAUUGAUUCUUCCGGUUCUCUCUCUCCACUGUUUUAUAUCUUUUCAUUUUCGCAGUUAUAUAAAUACAUGGGAAGGCUAUUGUUAAAGAAACUAGAAAGAUAAGAUAGCAACAAUAUCUAUAGUUUAAUUAGUUACAUGAUAGGUAUUAGGUAGGUAGGGUAUAGAAGAAGAUAUAGAGAAUAUUAUUCUUGUUCGAUGAAUUCAACAACCAAUAGCAACAACAAUAAUAAGAGUAUGAGAAAAGAGAAAAAAGAGAUGAAACCUUAUAGAGGAAUUAGGAUGAGAAAGUGGGGAAAAUGGGUGGCAGAGAUUAGAGAACCAAACAAGAGAUCAAGAAUUUGGUUAGGUUCUUAUAUAACUCCUAUUGCUGCUGCUCGUGCAUAUGAUACUGCCGUAUUUUAUCUUCGAGGUCCGUCUGCAAACCUUAAUUUUCCAGAAUUGUUGUUUAAGGAUCGAGAAGAUGACGAUGAAGAUCAAGAAAGAUAUGGGAAGAAUAUGUCGGCGGAUUUGAUAAGGAAAAAAGCUACUCAAGUUGGUGCUAGAGUUGAUGCUUUUGAAACUUCUUUGAAUAAUCAUGUUCACUCCAAUACAAGUUCUACUCUUAAACCUGACUUGAAUGAGUUUCCAAAACCUGAAGAUUAUUGAUCAAGAUUGCUGCGGCGGUAGAAAAACAAUCCAUCAAUUUGAUCGACUGUUUUUAUGACCGCAUCAAUCAUAUAUAUAAUAUUAGUUAUUAUAUUAUGUAUAUAUUUAGUUAUAUAUACAUGAUGAUUUGGAGGUUUGGAACUGAUCUGUUUCCAUGAAUCAUGUUUGAUAUUUUAUUAAUUAAAGUAUUUUUAGAGUAUGUGGUAAUUGGUGGCAAUAAUAAGAAAGAUGUAGUGGCUCUUAUGUGUAUGGUUUUGAUUAGAAUAGUUGGCAAGAGAAAGCCAGAAAAAGAUUAUUAGUGGCAUCAAAUAAUUGUAUUGUUAUUGAGGAAAAUCCUUUUAACUUCAUUUUUCAUGCAAUGGAGAAAUGGAACUUGAAAGGGUAUUAUUGUGUUCA